UUAUGGCUCUAGCCAGGGUCAUUGUCAAGGAGUAGACUCGGCUGCUGUUUAAAGACACGGUCGGUCUCUGAUUGAUUUGCCAGGAUCCCUGCACUGGCUAUGAGAGGCGAAAGAGCGCGCCCGUGAACCCUUGAAAUCCUUAUAGGGCUGGAAGGCUGGGCAUGGAGGACGGUGUGAACUGCUUCCCAUCUGUACUGGGUUUAUUUUAAUGCUGUCUGUGUAAGCAACAGUGCCAGGGGACGUUGCGAGGCAGCCGCUUUCGUAAUAAGCGUGUGCUGGGUUUAUUAUUAUUCACUGACCCUCCGUUGAUUUAUGUUGGAUGGAAGGGAGGGAAUGGGGGAGAGUCUCCCAAAUGUGAAAUGCGUUGUUCAAAGUGACUGGCAAUCAAUCCAUCUCUCCCCCACCCCCUUCCCCCAUCCAAUCUCCUCCGGGAGAUUCACAAGCGGAGAGUUAUAAAAAGCAUCUGCAGCUGAGCAAGAGGACGAGCCACGCAGGCAGCCAGUAGCUGGGAACAGUGUUCCCCUUGACCCUACGUGCAUAAUCUACUCCCUACAUCUUGGGGGGCGUGGGAGGAGAGCGCCCCCCCCCUUAUGGCAAGAAGCCCUGUCUCCUCCAGAGCCGCUCCCCUCGUUUAGAGGAGCUCUCAGCACCCGCUCUACAAUGCAUGCUCCGAUCUAUGGUAGCUGCUCCCGUCCCCAGACUUUCUUCAUGCCGAGGACUGUGCAUUUCAGGCAGGAUGCGUAAUUACGUGUCAUCACGUAAAUCCUUAGCGGCAGCCUUUAUCCCUGACGCCUUUGGGUUAAAUUUAUAGCCAGGUAACAGAUGAGGAGUACAGGACCGGGCUGGAGGCUUGCAGGUUUCUGCGAAUAGUCCAGGAGGAUUUGGACUGAGCGCCACACAAGCUCUUCGGCAUGGAGGGGAAGGAGAACAGGUGAAGCCCGCCGCCUCGGAAGCGUGAGCGCCCGGCCCCGCGGAGCCUUCCCGAGGCAGCGAUGCCCGCGGGCAUGAACAAGCAUGGAUCUCGGUCGUCUACCUCUUUGCCGCCCGACCCCAUGGAGAUCGUUCGGAGCAAGGCCUGCUCCCGGCGGGUCAAACUCAACGUGGGGGGGCUGGCGCAUGAAGUGCUCUGGCGAACCCUGGACAGGCUGCCCCGGACCAGGCUGGGCAAACUGAGGGACUGCAACACGCACGAGUCCCUCAUGGAGAUAUGUGACGACUAUAACCUGGAGGAGAACGAGUAUUUCUUUGACCGGCACCCGGGGGCAUUCACGUCCAUCUUGAACUUCUACCGCACGGGCAAGCUGCACAUGAUGGAGGAGAUGUGCGCCUUGUCCUUCAGCCAAGAACUGGACUACUGGGGGAUCGACGAGAUCUACCUGGAGUCCUGCUGCCAGGCCAGGUACCACCAGAAGAAAGAGCAGAUGAACGAGGAGCUGAAGAGAGAAGCCGAGACGCUGAGGGAAAGGGAAGGGGAGGAAUUUGAUAACACCUGCUGCGCCGACAAGAGGAAAAAACUCUGGGAUCUUCUAGAGAAACCCAACUCUUCAGUAGCUGCCAAGAUUUUGGCCAUCAUUUCCAUCAUGUUCAUUGUAUUAUCUACAAUAGCCUUGUCGCUUAAUACGCUUCCUGAACUACAAGGCACGGAUGAAUUUGGACAAACCACGGAUAACCCUCAGCUUGCCCACGUGGAGGCAGUGUGCAUUGCAUGGUUUACAAUGGAAUACCUCUUGCGGUUCCUAUCCUCACCUAAGAAAUGGAAGUUUUUCAAAGGCCCCCUGAACGCUAUUGAUUUGCUAGCUAUCUUGCCCUAUUAUGUCACUAUCUUCCUCACGGAAUCAAACAAAAGUGUACUUCAGUUCCAAAAUGUACGCAGGGUGGUUCAGAUAUUUCGUAUCAUGAGGAUACUCCGAAUUCUAAAGCUUGCCAGGCACUCAACUGGUUUACAGUCCUUGGGAUUUACACUAAGGAGAAGCUAUAAUGAGCUUGGAUUACUCAUCUUGUUUUUGGCCAUGGGCAUUAUGAUCUUUUCCAGCUUAGUUUUUUUCGCAGAAAAAGAUGAGGAUGAUACAAAAUUCAAGAGCAUCCCAGCUUCCUUCUGGUGGGCAACUAUCACCAUGACAACAGUAGGCUAUGGAGACAUCUACCCCAAAACUCUCUUAGGCAAAAUAGUUGGAGGGUUGUGCUGCAUUGCUGGGGUGCUGGUGAUUGCCCUUCCCAUCCCAAUCAUUGUAAAUAACUUCUCUGAGUUCUACAAAGAGCAGAAGAGGCAGGAGAAAGCCAUCAAGCGCAGAGAAGCACUUGAAAGAGCAAAAAGAAAUGGCAGCAUUGUCUCCAUGAAUAUGAAGGAUGCUUUUGCCCGUAGUGUAGAACUGAUGGAUAUUGUGGUUGAAAAGAAUGGAGAAAGCACAGGCAAAAAGGAUAAAGUUCAGGACAAUCAUUUAUCCCCCAGCAAGUGGAAAUGGACCAAGAGAACACUCUCUGAAACUAGCUCCAGUAAAUCUUUUGAAACUAGGGAACAAGGAUCUCCAGAAAAGGCCCGAUCCUCUUCCAGCCCUCAGCACCUGAAUGUCCAACAGUUGGAGGACAUGUACAACAAAAUGGCAAAGACUCAGUCACAGCCAAACCUCAACACUAAAAACACAGGUCACCCUGGAAAGCAAAAGGAAGAGCUAGAAAUGGAGACUAUUCCUGGCCCAACGGUCCCUUUAUUGACCACCCGUGCUGACGGGAUCAUUGACAUGAGGAGCAUGUCAAGCAUUGACAGUUUUAUAAGCUGUGCUACAGAUUUCCCUGACUCUGGGAAAUUCUCCCACAGUCCACUUGCUACACUUCCCUGCAAAGGAGGUGUUAAUCCAAUUCAGGAGCAAAUCAGGGCAGAGGGAAGUGGAACCAGGUUCAUGGAGAUAAACCCAAAGCCGGAAGGCAGCCAUCGCUCUACAUUUUUCAUAGAAAGCCCAAAUAGUUCUGUAAAAGCCAGUAACCCUUUAAAAUUAAGAUCUCUGAAAGUCAACUUUAUGGAAGACGACAACAGCACAUUAGUACCAGCAUCAAAUGUACUGAGACUAUAUCCAGAUGCUCUCAAGAAUAGGGGAGCUGCUGCCGCUGCAGACAGUUCCUUACUCUCUGAUCGAUCUUUAGUCAGUCCAGAAACCUCUAUCUACACAACAGCGAGUGCUAGAACACCCCCAACAUCGCCAGAGAAGCAGAUAGCAAUAGCUUUCAAUUUUCACGAUGCCAGCAUACAUAAAUAUAUAGAUGCUGACACUGAUGAUGAAGGUCAGUUGCUUUACGACUCAAGCCCUCCAGGAAAUGUAAGUCCCAAAUACAAUAUUACAAACAGUGCUUAUCUAAAGCAAAAAGAUAACAUUUAUAGAAUGGAGAAGAACCAUCUAGAGAGUGCUGCUUUACCCACCUCACCGAAAUUUAUAGGGCAAAACUGCAUUUACUCCAUGGAAGGUAUCACUGGAAAAACCCAGGGCAAUCAGGAGACUGUCAGACUAGAAAAUCACAUUUCACCUGAGGUCCAUAUAUUACCAGGUGGUGGAGGACAUGCUAACACCCAUGAUCAAAGCAUCUGACAUAUGCUCCAAAAAACUUGUUGAACAUUGAAAGGAAUGUCUUUACAGUCAACACAAUGAACGGGAGCUUCUGCAUGGCAUGAACUUUGACUGAAGCAAGCCACUUGUUUCUAAAAGUCUGAGGGGAGGCCUGGUGUGGGUUUAUGAAAACAUCCUUCUCUGGAACAACUAUAACGAUGUUGCCUGAUUCAUCCUACAAACAUCAAUGAAAAUAAAGAUUGCAAGUCUUGCUCACACUUCGAUCUCCUUUCAUGUCCUUCAUUGAAGUCAGCAUGACCAAAUAUAUAUCAACUCCCCUUGUACAAUGGAUCUCCUUUUGGAAGUGUUAACAUCUGAUUUGUGUUACUUCCAUAGAAGAGACCAAGGCAUCCAGAUUUGAACUCUGGACCAAAUUACUGGGGUUGGUAUAAAGUUAGAAACACAAUACUUGUUGGUUCAGGGCAGUUGUUCCAAAUAGCCCCAUCUGCAUCUUUCUUUCCGAUGGAUACAGUGUCUAAAGGUAACAGGGAACACUUGCAUUAUGGGUAAAUCUAAGCUUAUGUCUAUUUAAAAUAACAGUGAUCUAGAGAAAUAAAUUAUUAAAAUGCCCUGUGUGUGUUUAAUUCUUCCAGAUACUGUAGGACCUGAUGUUUUAUUUUGAAAUAUCAUCAGGGUGAGUUGCACCACUUGUAUCUAAUUUAAAACGCCCCCUAGGUAAAGUAGUGAAACUUGCACUUACCCACUGCUAAAACCAAUACCAAAUCCGGGGCUAUAGAGGGGCUUCUAAGCCACAACCCACACUGGGGGAGUGUGAAGGGGCCGUGCAGAAGUAGGACUCUCCAGGGGCACUUUGGCUGACUCAGCCAGAAUUCUUCCAGGGUUCUGCGGGAGAAUGCACCUGAGUGAGAGCUCGACACAUUUACAGGUUGUAACGUGCUUCCUCUUACUACUAGUCCAUUACCCCAUACCGCCUGUUCUGUGCAGAAGGCAGGGACCCAGGAGCUGCCCUUUUUGGCGAGUCCAGGCAUUCUAGGCUUGUAUACUGCUUGUGUUGCAGCCUGCCCCUACACCAGAGUGUAAAGAGUGGCAGUGAUUGCUCCUUGUGCCCCUCCCAUUCUGACUUCCAUAUUCACUUAGGGGUCAGCCUCAAUCUAACUCAUAAAGUAGGAGGAGAGGGAUGAGUCAGUCUGAAGCAUUUUGCACUCAGUCGAUGUUGAAUGACUAGAUAUGCAAGUGUUAACUAAAUAUGCAAAAACAGGACUUAUUUAAUUAUACACAACAGGCCUGAUUGUACUGUCAUUUCCACUGGUGAAAUCAGGAGUGACUCCAUUGAAACCAAUGAAGUUACACUAGUGUAAAAUGGAUAUAAGUGAGAGGCAAAUCAGGUCAAGUCGCUUAAUAAUAUUCAAUCUUUUUCUUAAAAAUGACCAUUUUAAACAAAUGCAACUAACAGCAACCAGCUUAGGUUUUAAACAUUGUCCUUCUAUAAAGAUAUUUGACUUGUGUAGAAAAUAUUUUUUCUUUAAUUUUUAAUAUUAAAAAAAAGCACUUUCUGUUGAGGGUUUGUUUUUAUUAUUAUUAUUUGGGGGCGGGGGGUGAAGGUGGAAUAACAAACCAGUGUGUAAGAAUCUAGCACUUUAAACAAGCACUAUCUUCAUUUGUGCCUCCUGUUAUGGCUGUGAUUUGUUACACACUUGUAACAAAACACAAUCCG